GUGGAGAGGGCGCGGCGGGCGGCGGGAACCAUGACAGAAGAUGACCGAGGCAGCGCUGGUGGAGGGCCAGGUCAAGCUGCGGGACGGCAAGAAGUGGAAGAGUAGGUGGCUGGUGCUGCGCAAGCCAUCGCCGGUGGCAGACUGUCUGCUGAUGCUGGUCUACAAGGACAGGUGUGAGCGCACCAAGGGCCUGCGGGAGCGCAGCAGUCUCACCCUGGAGGAUAUCUGUGGGCUGGAACCUGCCCUGCCCUAUGAGGGCCUGGCCCACACUCUGGCCAUCAUCUGCCUGUCGCAGGCCGUCAUGCUGGGCUUCGAUAGCCACGAGGCCAUGUGUGCCUGGGACACCCGUAUCCGCUACGCACUGGGCGAGGUGCAUAGGUUCCAUGUGACGGUAGCUCCUGGCACCAAGCUGGAGAGUGGUCCAGCCACUCUCCACCUCUGCAAUGAUAUCCUCGUCCUGGCCAGAGACAUCCCUCCAGCCGUCAUGGGGCAGUGGAAACUGUCUGAUCUCCGUCGCUAUGGGGCUGUGCCAAAUGGAUUCAUCUUCGAAGGCGGGACCAGGUGUGGGUACUGGGCUGGAGUCUUCUUCUUGUCCUCAGCUGAGGGAGAGCAGAUCAGCUUUCUGUUUGACUGCAUUGUCCGAGGCAUCUCCCCGACCAAAGGCCCGUUUGGGCUUCGGCCAGUUCUCCCAGACCCGAGCCCUGGGGGGCCCUCAGCCUCAGAGGAGCGUGUUGCCCAGGAAGCGCUGGAAGCCCUGCAGCUGGAGAAGCGACUUAGCCUGCUUUCACACUCUGGCCAGCCAGGCAGUGGAGGGGAUGAUCGAAGCCUAUCCAGUUCCUCCUCCGAGGCCAGCCACUCAGACGUCAGUGCCAGCAGCCGGCUCACUGCAUGGCCGGAACAAUCCUCGUCCUCAGCCAGCACAUCACAGGAAGGGCCAGGGCUGGUGGCUGCCCAGGGUCCAGGAGAAGCCAUGUUGGGCGCUUCAAGGCCACCCCUCAAGCCACUACGGCCUCGACAGUUACAGGAGGUUGGCCGCCAGAGUUCCUCUGACAGUGGCAUCGCCACAGGAAGCCACUCCUCCUACUCUGGCAGCUUCUCAUCCUAUGCUGGCAGCAGCCUGGACGUGUGGCGGGCUGGAGAGGAGUUUGGUUCUCUACUUAGCCUGCCUUCUGGAGCCGGUGCACCUGAGCCCAAACUGUGUGCCUGCCCACCUGGGGUGGCCGAAUACCAGGUGCCCACCUCGUUACGACACCACUAUGACACGCCUCGAAGCCUGCGCCAGGCCCCCAGAGACCCAAGCCCAGCCUCUCAAGGCAGCUCUGACCACAGUUCGGCCACGGACUUGGGUGGUCAGCCACCCAUGGGGUGUCCCUCCAGUUGCCUGGGAGCUCGACGACGGGGACAGGCAACAGAAGGCCCAGGCAGUGAAGCCACGCUGCCCAGUCCAUCCCCUGGCGAGCCCUGGGAAGCAGGCAGCCCCCAUGCAGGGCCGCCUCCGGCUUUCCUUUUGUCAUGUUCAGUCUGUGGCGGACUCAAGGUCACGGCUUCGUCACCCACUGGACUCACUGUGGCAUAUCCAGGAUCUCCAGGGCCCACGGCUGCUGACAGCCCAAGGCUGGAACGACCACGCGGUGAGAUGCCCACGUAUGUGAACAUCCCCGUCAGCCCCACCUCCCGACUGCAGCUGCACUACUUGGGCCUGGAGUUCCCAGGGGCCAGUGGGAGUGUGCGAGGGGCCAGCUCCUCCCGCUAUGCCCAGAUUGACAUCACCGCUACAGAGACAGCACAUCGUGUGGGGGUCCGGCAUGCGCAGACUCGGGAGGAACGAUUGCCAGAGUUGGAGCAGCGGAAGAAAGGGCCCUGA